AUGUUAUUACUGUCACAUUCCUCAAACUGCUCCUGGUCUCUUUCAGGUCCAGCUGUUCAGCGUCCAGUCCAGAACGGGCCGGGUUCAGAAGAACUGGAGGUCCAGAGACGACAAAUGGAAAUGCAGCAGCAACAGAUGCAGGUGCAUAUCGAGCGGGAGAGACGAUCGUCCAACUCAGGUUCCCCGUUUCAGGGUCACCCCGCGGUGCUGUCUGUAGUUCCUCCCAGUGUGGCUCCGCCUCCUCUGUCGAUAGGCGGUCCCUGUCCUCCUCCUCCCCCGCCCGGGCCGCCGCCCCCCUCCGCCGGAGCUCCGCCCCCUCCUCCGCCUCCUCUGCCUGUGAUUGGGUACGGGGGUCACGCCCAGGAUGAUAGCCACGCCCCCACGGGUCUCGCCGCCAUGAUCGCCGGAGCCAAACUGCGGCGCGUGCAAAGGGUCCUUAUUCGCCAUUCAUUUUCCUCAUAGGGAUUUUAAAAAGUCUUUGUUUAGGAGAUAUAAUCCAUGAACCGAACCAAUCAGUUACAAGGAGAAUCACAACAUUACAAACUUUUAUUUGAAGCGAAAAAAGUGUUUGAAAAUCAGGCAAGGAAAGAACUUUUGUACGUUUGUGAAACAUAAAACUAUUCAUUUAAAGUUGAUAUAUUGUAGGUUUAUUGCAUAAUAUGCAUAUAAUAUAUAAAUAUUGAAAUAAUUUGGGACUCAAUUAUUGGUGG